AUGGAUAUCCCAACCCCAUCCAUGAAAUACAGUACCCCCUCGACAGCCGGGGGGGACAUUGACCUAUACCCUCAAACGACCUUCACCCUCAUCUACAAGAACCUUUCAUACUCAACACCCUUAUCGGGAAACCAUGCAGUUGAACUCUCCCAGCAUAAAGCAGCAUUUCUUUCAUCGCUAGGCACCACUCAACAAGGCGACCCUAAUUCGAUCGAGAGCCUUCUGCUGCGUUUCUUCCAGUUUCUUAUUGACAGUCAAGUCUCGGCUGUGUUUAUCACGCCGUUGGUGUCUGCUUUCCAUAAGGACUUUCUGAUCCUGAAUGAGAUACAUUCAGUGAUUGCUUCUCUUCCUGAACCAAAAGAUGUCCAGAGGUCUAUGCUUCGUACGUACUAUACGACUCUGCUCGUCUGUGGUCUGUCAAUAGAAGCACACAGUGGCCACAGUGCUCUGUUUAAGGAGGCCGAAAGGGAGAGCGUCAAACUUGUGGCCCUUUUCGGAGGCCAAGGAGCGUCAAACCCCCGGUGUUUCAAAGAGCUUGUUGAGAUAUAUGAGGCUUAUUCUCCACUCUUGGAAACGUUGAUCCGGACGAUCGAUAAUGUCCUUUUUGAACUCUGCGUCUCUCCUGAUACCUAUGAUUUCUUCCGAGGACGCGAAAUCCGCCUGCUUUCUUGGCUCCAGAGCCCAGAAACUGUCCCCAGUGACCAGUUCUUGGCUUCAGCCCCCGUCAGUUUCCCUAUUCAUGGACUUGUUGCUCUGGCGCACUGGUUUGUUGUCUGCAAACUUCUAGGGAAAACCCCUGGCGAUAUUCGUUCUCUUCUAGGAGGUGCAAGCGGUCACUCCCAGGGAAUCAUUAUUGGCGCUGCCAUCUCGGCAUCUGAGUCCUGGUCCUCAUUUUAUGAGAAUUCAAUAACCGCCACAAAGUUGUUGUUUUGGACAGGGUACGAGAGCCACCAUGCGGCACCGCGUGUAGCCCUAACCGCUGCCGCGGUCGAAGAAUCAAAGAGCCAUGGCGAAGGACAGCCAAGUUCCAUGCUCUUUGUAUCUGGGCUUUCAGGUGCAGAAGUGAGCCCUCUCCUUGCUAAAUGCAACCAGGAUCUCCCAGAAGAUCAAAAUAUUUAUCUCGCUCUCUCAAACGCUAAAACUAGCCACACGAUUGCCGGUGCAGCAUCGUCUCUCAUACGCUUUACCAAGCUGCUGCGUGCAGUUGGAGUAGGGAGAGACGUAGACCAGUCUCGUAUGCCGUUCGAUAAGCGCAAGCCGGUUAUUGAGACACAGUUUCUCCCCAUCAGUGCGCCAUUUCAUACACCCUAUCUUGCGGAGGCCGGGGCCAGGAUCAAAAGUCGACUAUCAAGCAGUUCCAUUGACAUAAAACAGCUUGCUAUUCCUGUUUAUGAUACCCGAGAUGGAACGAACCUUGCGGCUACUGUGGAAGGUGAUCUAGUGCCAUACCUCGUCGAUGCUCUAACGGUACAGCCUGUCGAUUGGGUCGCUACUUUGAGUUCUUCGCGUUACACGCACGUAUUGGCCUUUGGAAAGACUGUAGCAGAUAUGGUCGCAAGCAACGUUACUGGGAAAGGAGUUCAAAUCAUCUCUGCUACCGAGCUCACAACAAGUAAUCCUCAAUUUGGCUCCAAGCGCGACUUGUUUAACCCACAUCUAAGUGAAUCCUUCUUGUCCCCUCGCAGUUGGGAAGAAGAAUUCCAGCCACGACUUGUACGAUCCCAAAACGGCUCUGUUAAGAUCCAGACAAAAUUAACAAUGUUAUUGGACAUGCCUCCAAUAAUGGUUGCCGGAAUGACGCCGACAACUGUCCCCUGGGAUUUCGUUUCGGCUGUUAUCAACGCAGGUUACCAUGCUGAACUUGCUGGAGGUGGUUACUUCAAUGCCGAAACCAUGACUACGGCUAUCAAUAAGCUCAUUGAGAGUGUUCAACCUGGCAAGGGUAUUACUUGCAACCUCAUAUACGCGAGUCCGCAGGCCAUGCAAUGGCAGAUAGCUAUGCUUCGUCGCCUCGCUCGGAAUGGACAACCCAUAGACGGGCUGACAAUUGGUGCAGGCGUUCCGAGCCUUGACGUUGUGAAAGAAUGGAUUACGACUCUGGGAUUAAGGCAUAUAUCAUUCAAACCCGGUUCGGAAGAUGCCAUUCAACGCGUUUUGGAAAUUGCGAAGGCGCACCCAGACUUCCCCAUCAUUAUCCAGUGGACUGGAGGCAGAGGUGGUGGCCACCAUUCCUACGAGGACUUCCAUGCACCCAUACUACGACUCUAUGGUAAGAUCCGUCAGCAUCCCAACACAGUACUUGUUGCAGGAAGUGGUUUUGGAGAUGGUGAAGGAUCUUACCCUUACCUGACAGGCUCGUGGUCAUUAAAAUAUGGCUAUGCCAAAAUGCCUUUCGAUGGUAUUCUUGUAGGAAGUCGAGUCAUGGCAGCUAAAGAAGCCCACACAUCUCUCCCUGUCAAGCAGCUCAUCUGCGAUAUUCCUGGGACCCACGACGGCAAAUGGACUGAUAGCUACAAGCGUCCAGUUGGAGGAAUUGUAACGGUACAGUCGGAGAUGGGCCAGCCCAUCCAUAAGAUUGCAAGCCGGGGCGUACUUCUUUGGAAAGAGAUGGAUGACACGGUUUUCAGCCUCCCGCGUGCAAAACAACAGGAAGCCAUCCAGAAACGCAAAGCUCACAUCAUACGCAAACUAAACGACGAUUUUGCGAAGCCAUGGUUUGGCCAGAAUUCCAAGGGAGAGGUAGUUGAAUUGUCGGAAAUGACUUACAUGGAAGUUAUCUCUCGCUUGAUCAAUCUCAUGUACCUCCCACAAAACAGUCGGUGGAUCGAUUCAUCCUACGCGGCCCUCGUAGGUGAUGUCGCUAUUCGGAGUCUAGAACGCCUAGGUGUCUUUAGCGAGAUCGACACGAGCAAGCCAGAACAGAUCAAGGACAUAUUCAGUCGUAAAUUUCCCCAGGCAAAGGACACGAUUAUCCAUCCAGAAGAUGUUUCUUGGUUCUUGGAGCGAUGCAGGCGUCGCGGCCAGAAGCCUACAAACUUUAUUCCAGUUCUGGACGAGAAUCUCUCUACUUGGUUUAAGAAAGACUCUCUGUGGCAGUCCGAAAAUAUCGAAUCCGUCAUCGACCAGGAUCCUGGUCGUAUUUGUAUCUUGCAUGGACCAGUUGCUGCUCAAUAUUCUCAACAGGUCGACGAACCUGUAGGCGAGAUCCUGGGCGGAAUCAAUAACUCCUGGAUUUCCUUGCUUACUGAUGAGUUCUAUGGGCAUAAAGAGGUUCCUGUCGAAGAACCUUUGGAGUCAUUGUUCGCACUCAGCCCGGCUAAUCUAGACGUGGUUGAACACGAUCAACGAACCACGAUACGAGCCUCUACGGGUGCAAUCUCGCCUACUAACGUGGAAGUUCUGCAAUAUCUUGCCAGCAGAACCGAAGGCUGGAUGCGUUCUAUUUUCCUGUCCGAGUCUAUUCUGCAAGGGCGGACAAAGCGUUCGAAUUUUUUUAAAGCAUCAUUUCAACUCGACGGUGACAAAUCGGUACAUAUUGACAGGGCUAACUCCGAAAUAAUCUUAGAGACAGCGAAAGGAGAGAAACGUAAGACGUUGAUUUCACUUUCGAGUCCAGAUGGGGUCUCUAUCAACGCUCAAAUUAUCCACCACGUCCCAGUGAGUGACGUUCCUGUGCCGCUUCAUUUCAAGUUCAACUAUGACCGGAACAAUACCUUAUUCCCACUCAGCGAGGAACUCCAGGACAGAGACCGGCAAAUAAAAUCAUUUUACAGCCGACUCUGGCUGGGAUCUGAUGUGAAGAACUCACUGGGACUUUAUUCCACAUUCGGCGGCUACCGCACGGUGCUAUCCCAUGAGGUGCUGCAGCAAUGGACAACUUCUGUUGGACUAUCGCACUCCAACGACCGUCUUGUAGCUUCGAACACCGGAUCUUUUCCACUGAAUGCCACAAUUAUCCCGGCAUGGGAAGCCUUGGUUCAGCCUCUGAUGGUGCCGGAAAUCGAUGGCGAUCUUUUGAGAUUAGUUCAUCUAUCUAUUGAGUUUCAACUCCUGGCAGGAUCCAAGCCAUUGCAGGUUGGAGAGACUGUUGAGGUUACGUCCACCAUAGAGUCGAUUGUUAUUGAUGACCCAGGCAAGGUUGUAACAGUUCGUGCAGUAAUUUCACGAGACAAUCAACAUGCUGUGGCCAUUAUCUCCAAAUUCCUGAUUCGAGGCUCCUUCCCGGACUUCACCGGAACAUUUGAACGCAGCACACAGCCAGACCUGCUCUUUACAGUAUCGUCGUCUAUAGACAAUGCUGUCCUUCGUAGCAGACCGUGGCUGAAGUUGGACAACGAGGAUGUGAAUUUAGUUGGCGAAACUCUACUAUUCCGGGUUCUCUCAUUCUCUACCUACAAGUCCGAGAAGGUCUUUGGAACGCUGCGUACAACUGGAGACGUAUUUAUUCAGCAUCCACGUCAGGGGCUGCGACGUAUUGGUCAUGUCAACUUCGAUGCAACUGAUGCACAUGGAAAUCCUGUUAUUGAUUUCCUCACUCGUAAAGGCACUCUAUCAGCUAAGCGUCACGCGCUCGAGAAUCCCGGAUGGUCAGGCCCUUCAACUCAGACACUCAAGAUGCCAUUCGAAAUGGAGGUAUAUGCAAGGGUUUCUAAGGAUUAUAAUCCUAUCCAUGUCUCUCCAAUCUUCGCUGCAGUGGCCAAUCUUCCAGGAACUAUAGUCCACGGCAUGUACACGUCGGCUGUGGCGAGUGCCGCACUUGAUCAAGUUAGCAACGAUUUCUAUCACCUCCGCACACGGCGCUACACGGUUUCAUUUGUUGACAUGGUUUUACCGGGUGAAGAGGUGCGCUUCAAGUAUCGUCAUAUCGCUAUGCUUGAAGGCAAGAUGGUUGUCCAGAUUCAAGCAUUCAAGAUUGCCACGGGUGACCGGGUUUUGGAAGGGGAAGCUGAACUGGAGCAAGUGCCAACAGCUUAUGUUUUUACAGGCCAGGGAAGUCAGUUCCAAGGAAUGGGAAUGGAUCUCUACAAAUCCAGCCCUGUUGCAAGAAAGAUAUGGGACGAUAUUGAUCGAUAUCUUCUUAACAGCUACGGAUGGUCUGUUUUCAACAUUGUUCAAGAGAAUCCAAAAUCCAUCACCAUACACUUUUCUGGAAAACGAGGCCGUGCGAUUCGCGAUCGAUACCUAGCGAUGACAGUCAAUGGAGUUGGGCCAGAUGGCCAGAAAGUCAGCAUCCCCUUGCUGUCUGGUCUAACCCCCAGUACUCGGUUCAUCACGUUUAAGGAGCCUCGAGGUCUUCUAUAUGCCACCCAGUUCGCACAACCUAUCAUUGCGCUCCUAGAGAAGGCAACAUUUGAAGAUAUGAAAGCCAAUGGCUUUGUGCAGCAAGGUGCUAUGUUCGCCGGACAUUCUCUAGGAGAAUUUGGAGCUCUUUCCUGUCUAGCUGAAUAUCUCCCAUUCGAGCAUCAAAUGGAUGUUGCUUUUUACCGUGGACUAACAAUGCAGAACGCCGUGAAAAGAGAUGAAAGAGGAGCAUCUGACUUUUCCAUGGUUGCUGUCAACCCUGGGCGAGUGAAGAAAGACGCCUUCAAUGAUGCCGCACUACGCCAGCUUGUCGAUAUAAUUGCUAGUGAGAGCCAGAAACUACUGGAGAUCGUUAACCUUAAUGUUGAAGGAGAACAAUACGUCUGCACUGGCCAUAAUGCCAAUCUACAUGCCCUUGGCGAGAUUCUGAAUGCGCUCUCACGAAGUGCCAAUAAUGACAUUGCUUUGUGGGCACAGGAAAGCGCCUUGUCUGGAAACGAACCCAGUCCAUCCACAAUUACGAUCAAUUCACUGGUCAAAACCGCCAUCCACACGGCACACGCUCUUCCAACUCCUAUUACUCUUUCUCGCGGUCAGGCCACUAUUCCCCUUCAAGGAAUAGACGUUCCAUUCCACUCCUCGCACCUUCGUCCAGGUGUUGCUGAGUGGCGUGAGUUCUUGCUGAGGCGUAUCCGAGUCGAGAAUGUUCGGCCAGACGACUUGCUUGGCAAAUUCGUGCCAAAUCUCAUGGGACGGCCCUUCUCUUUGGAACGUGAAUAUAUUGCCGAGGCAAAGAAAUUGACCGGGAGUGACAUUCUACAGCGAAGAUUGGACGAGGGGGUUGCAUUUUAG